GUCUUCUUCUAUUAUCAUACAGACUACAGAGUCCUGUGCUCUCUAUCGCGGCUCUUGAGCAACUGCCGGGAUCGCUACCAACUGGCCAAUCACACACCGUCUCUGACGCUGGCCACAGGCGCUGGCUGGCCCCCCAACCAUUGUUUACUUGCCCCGUCAACAUUUUGCCGCCAGGACCAUCUCUCUAAUCCAAUACAUCAUAAAUCAAUAAUCGAGCCUCACUUUCAAGGCGGCAUUUCCAAUACUGUGCGUGCAUCUACGGUGCCCUCCCCUCUCACACGAGCGCCAUACUUUUGGCUGCGUCUAUUAGAGUUGGGCGCUUGCAGCCAGGCAGCCUCCCCCUCCAUGCGCUCGUCAUCACAAGACACAACCUUUUAUCUCACCUAGUCACGAGGCGCUCAACAAUAUCGCCCAUCGCCAUCUCAAAUCGCCCUCCGAGUAUCGCUUCCCCGUCGAUUGCAAUCUCGUCUCCAGAUCCGAAUAUUCGGUUUGCUCUUACCCCAGACCCGCUUGUGCGAUAGACGACCUGAGAUGUGUCUCGGCUGCUGUUAAGCUUGGCCGUGAGUUACAGCUUCGCCUCCACUCGAUAAGGUCAUUCGUCUAUCUAUCACCACGCGCGUGCGCGCACAUACCGAUCGAAUAGGAAGGCCCUACCCCCAGGCAGAAUGACGAUCCCUUCGCAUUUCCAUAUGUCGGGCGGCUUCAAUAGAGAAGGCGUGCACCCUGGCCUGUUUCGCCCACCCAUCUCACCAAGCUCUAGCACCAGCUACGGAUAUGCUUCACCCUACAGCACAUCAACCCUCGACGGACAAGCUACGAAACGAAAGAGACCUUGCCAUGAUAUAUCGCGAUCUCAAGAAUUCCGCUUCCAGGAUGAUUCUGAUAGAAAUGGUUAUUUUGGAACUCCAGUGGCUCAGAUGAGGAAUGAGGAAAUGCGGUACCAACUUGCUGGACAGCUUGAUACACCGAGUUCUGGUCCUUUCGAUAGCGGUAUUCUUGGCGAGAGCAUGUAUUCAGACACAGAUUAUCGCAAGGCGCUUGGCUCAAAACGAACCCACGACGACAUCGAUCAUGGAGCUGGACCGACACAACUGUUCAAUCUGCCUCCUCAGCCGAUGCAGUCCCAAGGCUGGGGUAGCUUCGCAUUCUCAACUAUAGGAGGUGUUGUCGGACGUGUAUGGGAGUUUUGCAAGACAGGCUCAUUUCGAGGUUUCCAGGCUGGCGGCGGUAAGGCCUUCACGAUGAAUUCCGGUAGGGUCGAAGAGCUGGACCAGACACUAUUUGAGAGUCAGCAUCUUCCCGGUAGAUUCCCGCCAUCGCAAGAGGAUUGCUUCAACCAGCGUCAGCCUGAUAACGCAGACCAAGGUGGCAACAGCGGCGCAUCUACACCCACAGCACCCCAUCCGAAACGAAGACAUACAGACACGAAAGAUGAACUUGGCAGGAAUUGGGUUAUGGUGAGUGAUGAGAAACCAGCUGAGCCUGAACCCAAGCCUGAGCCUCCACUGCGACGACCGUCUUAUCGACCGUCCCCUCGAUCACGAAACUCGGGCCCCUCUAUGACUACAGGUCGACGCAUCAGUGCCGCUCCAUCAGCCCGAUUCUCUUCUGCCUCUACGCCCGGUCAGCGACGAUCCACUACCAAUCGCCCGACUAGUCGUCUAUCACACGCAGCAGCAUCACCUACUCCACGCCCUGCAUCAACCGCGUCAUUCGCGUCACUUGCUCCCUUCGCUUCUCCUCGGAUAGAAUCGCCCAGCAGGAUACCUCAACCCACUCGCUCCACACGCCGAAAUACCACCAUCUCAUCGCCGAUAACAAAGCCGUCGUCGCACCGCCGGUCUCACUCUAAUGCCUCAGUAGCAUCAGGACGUACAUCAGCAGAAGCCAGUCCCCGUCUGACCGCAGAAGCCAAGCAUCUCGCAGCACGCCGUAAGAUGGAAGAACGAGAUGCAGAUGUGCGGAUCAACGCUUUCAACAAACAACUACAGGACAUGAUUCGCCAGGGUAGAGAAGCCUUGGGUACGACGAUUGAAGUGGAGGGUAACUGGGAGGAUGACCUGUGAACGACUCCAGCUGCCAUCCAUCUAUCUACCUCGUGACGACCCAUUAGACAUUUUGAAGCCACCUUCCUACCUUGUGAAAUCUCUCACUGAUACCCUCAUUUCUUUCGUUUCUUACUGCCUGGGCAGCAUCGUUGGGGAAUUUGACAGGAUUUUUUUUUGAAGGGGAGAUCUUUUUCGUCGGGGAGUUGAUUAAGGAUCUGGGCGUUGAAGCGAACGGAAAUUGACUCUUUGCUUGUAUCAGUCACACACACACACACACACACACACAAACUUACAACUGACUGACUGAUUUCUUGGCAGUUAUAAUAACUGCCUGAUUUAUUCGUUUACCUCGAGGAUCGAUAACCUUGUCUAAAUAAGCAUAAAAACCUUUCUUCUUCUUGUCUUAGACUCCUGUUUAACUCCGUAGCGGACUACCAGGAUGGAUAUCCGCGAAACGGUGAUAUACCAACCCAGCUUCUAUAAUAGGGAAAACGUGAAGGGCUCGAGUCGCUCCAAUCAUACGGGGCUUCGCUGUCAACAGAACGACCAGGUCCUUCUCUCUUAGACCCAGGAUAUCGUACCCGAAGCGGAGUAUCGAAGCCCCUAGUUUAUUAUUGCACGUUUGAUAUCAUCUGGGGAACCUCAGGACAAAUCCUUCCCGUUCAUGGAUGUUCCCUGCGGCUGACGGCCUUUGUCGGUCUUGUUAAUUGACGUCUUU